AUGUUUCGGGGUGGUUUUGCUGAUUUUGAGGACGAUCCGUUCUUCAGGUAAGUACAGCAUAGACUAGUUAAGGCAUCACAGUCGUAAUCCUUUUGUCGUGCGCGAGAAAUAAGAAUCUUUGCCCAUUUAGAUGACUCAUGUUUGUUUACGUAGAGCGGUGGGUAAAUUUGCGCGUAUAACUUUUUUAUCAACACAAUCAAGUUAUCUUAACGCAGAAUGUUAUAGCUAAAGGGGGCUUACGAUGUAAGGCCAUUAUCAGGAUGAAAAAAAUAAAAGAAAAAAAAUCGAUGUAAUGGACUCGUUUUGGCCUAAUCCUUGGUUUACUCGGAAACAAAACGACUCGAUUCUGGGUUACUCUAAAUAUAUUGUAUAUUUUCAGAAUAAAAAUGUUUAAUUUUUAACAUGUAGUCAAGUCUUCAGUAAAAUAUUCUUUUGUCAAAUUCGCUUUUCGCAUGGCUGUACAAGUGAAACUGAAAUAGUUGGUGUACACCUUACAAUAAUCGCUUUUAGUGUUUAUGGGAAACGCACUCAAGGUGAUACCUCAGUGUUGUACUGUGCAUCCUGUACUGUGCAUAACAUCAUGAAGUGAGGAAAAUAAGCAUGCUUGCAUUCCUAGAAAUUUUUUAAUCAGUGGACAAGGUUAACAGGCAUGAUUGUGUUUUGCUUUUGAAUUAGCUGGGGAUCAAUAUUUUUUAUUGUGUAAAUUGUCUUGGUGCACAAAUAUCCCCUUAAAUUAGAAACGUGAAAAAAUAAAUUGGAAGUGUGCACGAAGCCUAUUUUCAAGAAUGCAAAUUACUACUUUGAAAGUUAUACAAUUUUUAGUAGAUGUCAAAAAAAAUUUCAUGAAUUUUUUCAUAAAUUUCUUUCUUGUUUUUAACAGGUUUAUUGGGUAUGACUCAUAUAAAACUAAUACAGUAAUAUAAUUUAGGAUGUAAAUAGAAAAUACAAGAUACAGCAAGAACAAUUAUUAUUAUAGAAUACAUUACAUUUAUUAUAUUAGUAUACAUUACACUGUUCCAUACACUCAAGACUUUCUACCUAUCAAGUAUUUUUUCAAGUGUUACUUUUGAUUGAAAAGUCUUAGUUCCAACUAUUGCAAAAUGUAUUGUGAACCAAUGAAAUGACAUGCAUAAUUAGUACCAGUACCGGCAACAAUUUGGUAAGUUUGGUUCAUCAUAUUUCUUAAGGAAAAACAGUGAGCUGGUUUAUUUAUUGUUGUUCUCAAAACAGGGAUUGGGAAUAGUUUCCAAAACAUAGUUCAACAACUUUUAUUUCUUAGAAAUCACUUUAAAUACCUUUGAUGGCUUAUAAAAGUUUAAUGACCCAGGUCAAAAAUGCUGGAACAAUUGAAAAGCUUGUCAGUGGUACUCCUGCACAAAUCUGUUGUAGAGAAGAUUUUCAUUUGCAUACAGUUUCAUUGGUCCCAAUAUUUAGUUCAUAUAGUUCUCCCAUUUAGCUCUCUUGCAUUCAGUGGGAAAGAUUUCAGAGAAUUUGUUGGUACAUCAAGAUAAUGCUCUUUUGGUAACGAGUGUGAUAUUCUCAUCACCUGCCUGUUGAGUAAUUUGGUGGUAUUGUUGGAAGAAGUCUUGAAUUAGUCACUGAUAGGGUUUAAGGGUGAAGCUGACUUCCUUCUUUUAUUGAGAGUGAUUUAAGCAAGGAGUUGCAGAAGUUUCUAGAAUGCUGAACCCUUGAACUCCCAGAAGAGAUUAACAUGUAUUUUCUCAUUAUAAUAUCCAUAUGAUAUCUAGAAAACAGGUAAUGAGAAUAAUCAAAGUUAUCAGGUAGAAUUUGUCAUUUUGAUCCAACACCAAAUUCUUUUCACUAAUUCACAAGGAAAUGUGUAGCAGCUAGAGGGGAGAAUUGACAAUCAGUUCUUGGGAGUUAAAGGGUCUGAACUGUUUAAGAACACUCAAUAAAUGUAUAGGAGAAUUCGGUCAUCAAGAAGUAGUGGUUGUUGUCGGUAGGCAAAGAGAACUUGUUUGGAAAAGCUCUACUGAGCCAUGUUGAGAGAGCUAUAGAAAGCUUUUGUUGUUGUUGUUGUUGUUGUUGUUGUUAUGGACAGUUGUGGUGUUAGAGAAGAUUUGUAAGCAACAGUUUUUGUUGUGGGUUUGGAUCAGGGGUGGGAUGACUUAUUAUCAGUUUUUGGCCUAUGCAAGAUUGUAGGGAAUGAUACCUGGGCACGGGUAGAUACAGAAUUUCUUUUGCAGUGUUCAACUCAAAAUCCAAUGAGUGGGCACAGUGAAAAAGUGAAAUAUCAAGUCAAAUACAAGAAGAGAAAUUCCAUAUCUUCAAACAACCACAUAUUAUUUUAUUUAUUAUAUAAACACAAUAGACCUUUAUUAACAUGAAAAAAUUGACGAACAACCUUACAUUGCAAAUGGUGAAGGCUUUGCAUCAUGUACAUAAACUGUACCAUUUCUUUUAGGGAACACCACCAGAGAAUGUCAACUCUAGUGGGUGGAUUCAAUGACCCAUUUUUGAGGUUUCAUCAACGCUCUGGCCUCCCUUCUGCUCUUCCUGCCCCUGGUGUUGGAGGGCAACAUCACAGGUCAAGUCUAAGAAAUCAGCAGGUGGUCCCAAGAGAUAUGUUCGGCGGCAUGUUUGGUGACAUGUUUGGAAGCAUGAACACCAUGAUGGCUAACAUGCAGAGGAAUUUUGUGAGUGAAGUUAUCAAAUCAGCUACAAUUUUUACUUGUCUUACCUGUGAACUUUCUUUUCCUAAAGAUUUUUGUUAUGCUUUUUCUUCUGUCUUGACAAUUUGUUCUUCAAAAUUUUUUCAAAGUAUACAGAUCUCCCAAUUUAAAAUAUUUGUCACUGUCAUUCUUUGCCACAAGUAGCACAGAAAAAGAAGCUGAACCAACUACAAGCAAUCAAUUAGCCAACCAGAUUUGAGGGUGUAAGAUUUCCAUUCUCUGAGAUGGGUCAGAAAAAAUUUAAUUGUCAUUUCUUGAUGGUAGUCUACAUAUUGCCAAUUUUUUUACAAAUGUCUUUUUGGUGUUUGUGUGAUUUUGUUAGGAACAAAUGGCUAGUAACCCAAACACAUACAGCUACUCAUCCUCAAGUGUUAUGUCAUAUUCUAAUGAUGGACGAGGGGAACCUAAAGUCUUCCAAGCAACCAAGUCCACUAAGAGAGCUCCUGGAGGGGUAGGUAGAGUUGUGUUGUGUAAUAGAAGUGAAGCCCUUGAAAUUGAAGCUAAUUCUUGUAACUAAUGUUUCUACCUAAACCUUUUUUUGUUUUGGCUACGCUUGUCUCUCUGACAUUGUGAAGAUAAUUUGUGUGGGGGGCGUUGGUGUUUGCAGUAUUGGACAAUUUUUCUUGCAGUAUUUUGGUAAGUUCAAUCUCAAUUGCAGUUUUGCAGUAUUGUGGUAUUCUCCAAACCUGUGGGAUGCAGUUUUUCAGCCUUUUGGACUAUAUUAAAAAUUUUCCUCCUUAUCCUUCACCCUUUUUUGAGCCUUCCACAGUUUCCUUUUGUUUUUGAACAGGCUGAGAUUGACUAUUACAACUAACUUUCAGUAACAAAUUCUUCAUUCUCAUUUCCAAGUUAUUUGCUUUUAACAUAACAUACAGAAUAGGUGUUUCAGCACUUUGUAAUAUUGUGAUAGUUGCCAAAUUUUUUUGCAGUAUCACUGUGUUCAGAACCCCCCAAUGACCUCCUCACUAAUGUAUCAUCACUUCAGCAAGUAGAAAUGUUGCCUGACAAAAAAAUAAUCCCUUUUUUUAUUGAUUGUUUUAUUUGUUGUUUAAAUAUCAUUGUAGGACAGAGAAAAUCUGAAAAUUGAAUGCCUCAAUUUUCUGUAGGGUUAAAUUUGUACUGAACAAUCACUAGGAAGCUCAGAUGUGAACAAACUUCAAAACCUCAAAGUUAUUACUAUGAAUGUUUAUUGUUUAGUAUUCUCACGCCUGAUAGUUUCUCUUCAUUAAAACAAUAACAUUCUAUAAAUAUUUCUGGAGUUCGUGGUUUUCUGAGUGAAUGAUGAACAUUCAAUGAUUUCUUCAUCUCAAUUUGUCUGAGAAAUAUUUUUUUCUGCUUUGUGCAGGUAAAAGAGACACAGCACACACUUCGAGAUUCUGAAUCAGGAUUGCAUCGCAUGGCAAUUGGUCAUCAUCUGGGUAACUACACCAAGCCUUUUUUACAAUUAGUAUUGUAGACAUGUUUAUAUUUUAUGAACACAAACUCUAUUUAGAUGUAGCAAGGAGGAAAUAGGUGUAGCUAUCAAUAUGGAAAAUUUCUCUGAGGAAAAUGUAGUGUUUUUGUAUCUCUCAAUUAGUACCUAAGCUAUGAUUAGUCAAUUUCACUGUACAUAAACUAAAUUCAAAAGUUUGUUUGAAUUGAAAUCUCCCCCCUCUAUUUGGACCCAGAGAUAUAAUGAAUAUCUUACUAACCUGGUUAUUCCAGCGCAUACUGUUAGUUUUGGAACCUCAUGGCCAAAAUGUUUUGUACUUGGUCCCUAAAUCCAAACUGAGAAAUGAGUAUUACAUGUUACAUGUUAAUCAUUUCUCUUACCUAUUUACAGGAGAUCGUUCUCAUGUCAUUGAGCGAUCAUUGAACAGGAGAACAGGUGAUGAAGACAGAAAGCAGAACUUUAUCAAUCUGGACGAAAGUGAGUUUGGUCAUGUUAUUUUUUUCUCACAAAAAUAUUUUUCAUGAAGGAACAAAUUGUUUACUUUAAACCUCAGUUUGUAACCACUUCUCUUAUUUGUCCACCUCAUCAGUAACUACUGGUACCUUUUCAUCAACAUUAUACCAACAUAUCAACACUCAAAUGAGCAGUUUUUACUACUUUAACUCCAAAGAUCUUUUUGUAAUUCUCCUUUCUGCCAUCAACAUUUUGUUUUGAUUUGGUACCAAACUAAUAUCAACAUUUUUCUUUAUUCUCAAAUGAGCUGAUAUUGUAUCGAGAAUUAAGGAGAAAUUAACAAUCAGAUGUUGGGAGUUAAAGGGUUCAGCAUGAUCACUUCACUUCAUGAGAUUAACAUGUAACUUCUCCCUGUAAUAUCCAUACAUAUCCAGCAAAUAGGUAAUGAGAAUACUUAAACUAAUCAGGUAGAAGUUAUCUUGAUCUAACACCAAAUUCUUGUAACUAAUUUACAAGGAAAUGUGUUGCAGCUAGAGGGGAGAAUUAACAAUCAGAUGUUGGGAGUUAGGGAGUUAAUGAACAUGAUUUGGGUCAUGAACAUUAUGUGCAAGCAUCCUAUGAUAAGUCACCUUUCCCCACAGUAGGAUUGGCUGCAUUGAAGUUAUACUCUGUUAUAGCAUUCUUAACAGUCUAUAAAUCAAUAAGUAUCUUUGAAAUAAUCUAAUGAAUGUUGUUUGUGGCAUAGGUGAUGCUGCAGCUUUUGACCAGGAAUGGAAGCAACGAACCAAGCUGCCCUCCCAUACUUUGAGAGACGGACAGAGAACCACACUCAGAGGAUUGGAAGGUUUGUAUUGAACGAAAUUUAACCCUUGUACCCCUAAGAGUGAUAAGCAUCUAAUUUCUCCUUACAAGAUCACUCUCAGACCACACAUUAAGGUCAUGAGAAUAAAGGAAAUGAUCACCAGCCAGAUGAGCUCUCGAUUGUUAAGCAAAUUCUCCUCGUCAGUAUCCUAGGAAAUGUGUAGAGAACAGUAUGGAGCUUAGGCAUACUGAUGUUUGUGGGUGAAGAGCUAAAUAUUAAAACCUGUGACGGGAUUCUGCACCAACAGUUCUAAUUCCUUUGACGAUGUAUUUAGAACCCAGAGCGAGACCCUCCCACCACAGCCGCCAUGCUGAAGUCGCUGCACCUUUUAUGAGAGACACAGGGGCCUUACGAGAGAGGGACAGGCUGAGGGUUAAUGGUGAAGGGGCAGGGACACACAGGGAGAUGGAGAAUAGGUACCGGGACCACAGAGGUGGACGAGAUAAGGACUGGGGAUCAGGAGAUUUUGAUGAAGAGAAAUCUCAUAGGGACAGGAGGGAACAUGCGAAGCAUGUGCGACUGAACAGCCGUCCUGUGAACAGACAUGAACCACGCGGAGGGCUUUGAAGUUUUGAUCAGUUAAGUAUCGGUCUUGUACUGAAAGUUUUGAAAGUGCAUCUGGAAGAUUUCUAAUCUGGGCUAAACAGAGAACAUUUUUUCAGCCGCAUCUCAGCAUCUAGUACAAAGCUAACAGUAAAUUACAAAACUAAAAUGUGGCGGAAAUUGUUUGAUUUAAAUUAGGAUCAAAGUUGAAAUACCGGAUGAGUUAUAGUUUUUCUUAGAUUUCAGUGUUAUUUAUAAGAGCUUUUCUGAAGCAAAAUAAAGUAAACUUGUAAGGACUUGUCAACUCUCUUUACUUCUGCAAGAAUUUUACAGUCAGGAGUGAAAACAUGGUGAUGGACUAGCGAGACUUUAGCUGUUGUGCUUUCAAUCUAAGUGUGGUGUUAUUGAAUAAAGUUUUGGAUUUGAGCGAAGUUGUUGUACGGUAAUAUUUUGGCUUUUUCUGCAUACACGAACAUGAUGACAUUUUUUUUUCUGGAAAAUGCAAAAUAAUUUCAGAUCGAUGUCAGCUUCUGAGCAACUGCCCACCUACCCCUCCCUAUCCUAGCACCUAAACUUUUUAUCAGCUGACUGUUGUUGGAUUAGGGGAGGGGUAGGUACGGAGUGGCUUGAUCCAGAAUUUCUCCCCAUCAUAGGAUCAUAGCUAACAAUUCUUGAGACGAGGCCGCUGUAUAUUUUGCAUAACCUGCUGUAGACCGGCAGAACUGCGCCAAAGCGGAACCUGUGAGGGAAACAGACUCUGCCACCAGACCGGUGGUAGACAUGGUAUUAUGUUGGUUAGUUUCCAUUGUCCAUUGUAAAUCGCUGUUUGCAUAGCAAACAAACAAAAACAACAACAACAAGAAAUACAAAUAAAUGAUACCUCGCAUAUCUCUUCUUUAUUGUAGGGUUUUCUGUCUUAUUUGAACACGUGAUAUCUCUAAGUUAACGUUUAUUAGAACACGGAUUCUAUUUUUUGUUGUUUGCCUUUCAUUUUAGUUUAUGAGUAGUACAGCGCUAACAAUGCAUUGGCUGUACCAAUGAUAUUUCCCAUUUUUUCUCUCACAUCUUCGACAAACUUGCCAUUAUAAGUGUUCUCGUUGUCGAACACGUCACGAAUUUCCUUUUUCAGAUCCUUCAAGCAUUUCUGCACGUGCGCAAUGCGCGGCACGCUGGCUUUGCUGAGCCGCUGGACAGUUUGAUUCAAUUCGCUGUUAUUGCUGUUCAAACUGGGCGUGAUAUCACCGCAACCUUCCUUCACCGAUCGCUGAACGGGGACCCCGUUAUGUCCCCUUUCCGAUUCGUGUAAGAUUCUGAUCCAUUCUUCCAUUGUUGAUAUCAAGAACAGAAGAUCAUCACGUUGUUUUUUCAUGGGACUCUGCAUCUUUUCCAGUCUUGUCACGGUCUUCUGCAGAUGCUGUUUGUUGGUGCAGAUCAUUUUCAUUGACAGGGCGUAGCUAGUCUCCAGGCCAUUCCCGGUUGUACGUAAUUGUCUUGUGUGCAAAGAACUGCCUGAUAAUUCUACAGCUACUGUACCGCUCAUUUUCAGUCGAUUUUAAAGUCCUUUAACCGUCUAAAGGGAGUAGACCAUAUGGAUUAUCACCUUCACAUGUCCUAUCAUACGAAAAUAUUAACGACACUAAAAAAAAUUUAAAAAUCGGCUCUAUUCUCGACAAAACAACAUCAAGGUUGAUGGUUUGCAGUUUUGAAUUGAACUUGAGAAGAUAAUUCCUCACGAUUUUCGCUCAAAAUUUUUCCUUGCGGUUUUCAGUUUUUCAGUUUUGUACUGAACUUGAGAACAUAACUCCUCGCGAUUUCCGCUCAUCACUUUUCCUUUCGUCAUAAACAUAGGACAUGAAUACGGUUUAAGAUCAUGUAGAAAUAUUUAUUCUCCACAAACCAUUCGCUCAUGUAAUAAAACUGACAUUACAUCAAUUACCUUCGUCUUGUACCUCUUUGAGAUUCAGUCCUACGGCUGCCUUCGAAAUUUGGACUUUGAGCCGGAUACUUUUUUCUGAUGGAGUCUGAAAAUAGAAAUUUAACAGCACUGAACUGAAAUGGUUCUAUAAAGAUCACAGGUCAUUCAUCAAGUCCUCAUUUCCACACACUUCAGUCGCAAGCUCCACUCCCAAAAUGUUGUCUUAAAUUAGUUUCCGUCUAAGCAACCAAUGACAGAGAAGAUUAUGCGGAGACAAACUAUAGGCAGCUGGAGAAAGUCUUUCAAAUACAACACUCCAAUAAUGGAAAGGAUUUGAAAGCUUUGAAGGGCUUAUGUAGUAUAAUAGCUGUAAGGAUAUUUCUGAAUAUGAAAAUAUGUUCUGAGCUGUUUUAAAAACAGAAGGGUGUAUAUAUUGAAUGAAACUUCAGUUUCAUGUUCAUUUGGCAUCGAUAAAGGAUUUUUUGAACAUUGUGGUAAAGAAAAUGUAUUUGGGUUUCGUCUGAAUCUAUUUCGUUUGACGGGAAAUUAAUAUUUCAUAGAGGAUUUAAUGACCUCUCUGAGGAAGCUAUAUCAAACAGUGAAAGUAAUCCGAAUUUAUAAUUGAAACAGUUCGACGUUGAACAUGAAUGCAUUCUGAAAUUAUGCUCGCCUGCUUGAGGGAAAGUUGAGAUAAAAUCGUCAACAUGAAAGGAAAAUAUUGAUCAGUGAUUCUAGACAAAAGCCCACGCGUGCAAUAAAAAGAGUGAAAUAAGGCAUUUACUUCAUGCAGCUGCUUACGACAACCAAUCAAAAUUCCCCGCGCCUUCGCUUAAUGAUAAUUUGGGCGUAACAAUUUCAAAGCAUUUGCCUUAGCCAUUUACUAUUUUAGUAUUCUGUCGCCUCAGGGGUUUAUCAGCGUCUGACAGCGCCCAAACUAAAUCCAACACAACAAGAAACGGUGGAAUCGCUUUGUUUUUGUGGGUCGGUCCCUGGGAGAAAGAAAACUUUCGAUAUCUAAGCGGUAAGCGUUUCAGUAAAUUGCUGUCAGGAAAUCUCUUCUUGACUCUAACGACAGAUUUUAGUUGAAGUGGUUUGUACGUAUGUUUGGUUUUAAAGGCAGGUUCGUGGUUUUUCGAUACCGGUGCAUGUUACUUUACUGAUCAAGCCAUGUCUCCCGCAUGGUGAAGAAAAAUGUUAAAAAAUACCAUAGCAAAAAUUAAGUCAAUAGUAUUAAUGGUUUAUUUUUCAAUUCUUGGUUAAACAUUCAAGGGAUAGUUUUUACCGAUGACUGAAUAUUCUUCGGUAAAAUUCGAAUCUAUGUCUAUCGAGUGUCAAAAUUAUUUUCCUUGACUUCAUCACAAAUCUGUCCUUUAUUGUCAGAAUAUGCAAAUAGUGCUUAUGUUGGUUCGUAAACGAAAAAUUUUAAAAUGCCAGCUAUCAUUCUGGAAAAUUGUAGUUUUCAUAUUUUUAUUACGUGUAGAAUCGGAAUUGUAAAAUCAGGCUCUGUUAGAGAUUUCCGCCUCUGUUAGUGAUUUCAGAGGGUUAGGAAGGAAAUAUUUGGUGGAAUUGCAGUAGUUUGGUAUUUAAACAUUCAAAAUGAAAUCUAACUAAACUAGCUCAUGGAUUUUCACGAGAAGGUGUAAAAAGCGCUUUAGUUUACAAGUUAAUUUAGCUCAUCAUUUCCCCACAUUUUUACCUAGGAGGAAAAUUAUACAAAUGCAAGUAUAUUCAUAAAAAUUGUGUUUUUUCGUAUCAAGUACGAUUAUUUUUCUGUUUUGAAUUUGACCAAGUUUAAUAUUUGUUUGAACUUUCGUUAUUUGCGCAGGUAAAAUGGAGACACCAAUUUAUGUCAAUGGAGCCACUUCGACCAGCGGAAAGAGUGUUUCGUUGAAACGGGUGAUAAAUCACAAGAAAGAUCUUCAGAAGGAAAUUUCUGACUUGGAAAAACUUCAGAAGACCUUACUUCAACAACGAAAAGAUCUUGAAUACAUAAACGAAAAUAUUAAAGGCUGGGCUGAGAGCUUCGACACCAUUGAAAGAAAUACUCAAGGCGUUCCCUUCGUGAGAAAUGUCAAAGAAAUUUGCGCGUCGAUUGAAAACCUGUUGAAUGAUAUUCAUGGAGAUUUUUAUUUCAGAAUGCAGAAUUUGAUCACGGCAGAUGUGCCAUGUUUUCAGCAGGUUUAUGAAGCUUUAGAGCUGUUGAAAAAGCAAGUUUCGAAGAUCAUUAGGGAUGAUGCAGCCUACAAAGCGUCAUUUAUUGAAGAAAUUCGGCAAAUUCUUGGACGUCUUACAGGCAUCACUGACACUAUGUUAGAAAUUUAUUUUGAACAAUGAAUAUGAAAAAAAAUUACGACAAGAAUGUUGGACGUUUACUGAGGAAAGAAAAAUCAACAUAAUUUAGAAGCUUCAAUUGCAGUUUCAUCAGACUUUAUUUUUGUAUGCAAAUGUUUUGGUCUUAGAAUUUGUUUUGAAAAUAGCUUUAUGCAGAAUGUACUUGUACAUGUGUUGUCAAGGUAUAAGACCAUUGAACGCCAGGUAAAUACAAAGAAGCUGUUACCGAUUUAUUCAAAUUAAAGAAAGAAAUCUUCGAAUGCACGGAAAGAAUGUGCUACACUUCAAGCCUGGAUGUCGUACACCUUGAAUGAAUAAAAAUAUCAGAUUCUGAAACUGUCUUCUGAGUAAAUGGUGUCUCAGUCGCCUUUUGUUCGUUCAUAUUUUUAUUUACUGCAGACGAAUGAAGAACGCAUCUUCUCUUAACGAGAAUUAUAGAGUAGAAAACAAUUUUCCUGAAG